CACGGCACAGUUGUCCUUUUCGUUAAUCCCAUUCGCGGUGUGUGGAUUCGAACGUAAUAUUUGAAACUUUCAUAACAAAUUCAGCAGAUAACAGACAAUAAUUUAGAAAGCUUAAAUGGUGUAUUCGGUAACAUUAAGUCUUGUGAUGAAGUCGUGAAUGUGAGUUCAAUAUUUUUGCGGGUUUUCGCGGAUUAUCGCCAGUUUAUCUUCGACACAUGCGGCAAAACAUGACCAUGGACUGUCGAUUAAAGUCUUAAAGCGUCCACGAGCGUCUCUGACAAGAGCACUAAUCGACGACUCGGAAAACGUCGAGUAAUUCUCGGGUGUCGAUUCUACUAAUUUCACACUGACAAGAGGGCGGCAGUCAUGCCGUCCCCGGAUAAACGGAAGCAAGAUCGAAACUGGCUGGAAACUAUGGCGGAACUACCCUCUGGAGUAGGGGAGGAGGACGUUGGUACUGAAAAUGGCCAGCUACACACGCCAGUGCGUCGGGAAUGUGAGGGUCAUGAGGCGCCGCCGCCCGGGCCUGAAGGCGAGCGGCUGCCGGGAGAUGGCGCUAGUUGCUCAGCUCCCGAUGACCAGGUUCGAAUAAGUGACGAUGACGCUUCCACGUUCAACAUCAACCCGUUCAGCACUGAUACAGAUCCAGCGGCGACAGAGGGUAUGCUCCGGACGGGGCGGUACUACAAAGGAAUUUAUUGGCCCUCCAUCACCAACAGUUUUAAGGAUGAAGCGGUAGAAAAUUCGUACCAAAGAUAUUCGCGGCGACAACGGCAGAAGUCCCUCAUCAUGGUCAACGUAGUCGACUUGUCUCUCAAAAUCUGCUUGUCUAUCAUAUACACCACGGCGAGUAGGGCCAAUAUCGCAGCAGACCCCAUGGAGCCAGAAAGCAUAGCUUUGACCAUAGCCUUCAUCUUCCUGAACGUGGCCGUCUGUAUGCUCGGUUGGUGGCACUGCUUCGCGAACAACUAUCUGCACUGGGCGGCCGCUGCCACUUGGAUCAUAUUGGUUGCGCAGGGCCUAAGCGGCUCUGGGAUAGGCUUCCAAGCGCCUGAAAACCAGGCUUGGUACAUGCUCUUCAUAGUGUUCGUGCCGUACGCCAUGCUGCCCCUCUCCUUGGGCUGGUGUAUCGUCACCGGCAUGCUGUCGUCUCUCGCGCACGUGCUGACUACGCCCGCCAAGAUCAGACAGCUGAUGGAGAGCAAUCCUUGUGCUGCAGGGUCGUGCAGCACGCGACUGCUGAUCAGCAACGCACUACUGUACACAGCGGUCAACUUCGCAGGGAUGUACGCCAAAUAUUUGGCAGACUGGGGACAGAGGAAGGCUUUCCUGGAGACCUACAAGUCCAUGGUCACAAGACAGAAGACUAAGAGGGAGAGCGAUCGCCAAUGGAAGCUGUUUCAGAGUGUGAUUCCCGACUUCCUGGGCCGGGAGAUCUACCAGCACGUGUCCCGCGUCAAGGGAGAGUUCCAGGAGCAACAGUUUAAUAACCUCUACAUACAGCGACAUCAGGACGUCUCUAUACUCUACGCCGAUAUUAAGGGCUUCACAGAAUUGUCAAGUAAAUGCAGUGCUCAAGAGUUGGUGAAGUUGCUGAAUGAACUGUUUGCACGCUUCGACAGGUUGGCAUCGGACAACCACUGCCUUCGAAUCAAACUCCUGGGCGACUGUUACUUCUGCGUGAGCGGUCUUCCGGAGCGGCGCGAGGACCACGCGCACUGCACCGUCAACAUGGGCCUGCACAUGAUCAGGGCCAUUCGGGACGUGCGGUAUAACGCACAGGUUGACCUGGACAUGCGCAUCGGAAUCCACAGCGGCACAGUUCUAUGCGGAGUUCUAGGGUUACUUAAGUGGCAAUUCGACCUCUGGUCGCAUGACGUCACUGUCGCAAACCAUAUGGAGAGUGGAGGACUACCCGGGCGCGUGCACAUAUCAUCAGCAACACUGGAAUGCCUCAACGGCGCAUUCGAAGUGGAACCAGGAGACGGCGGCAGUCGCAACGCCUACCUCCGGGAACACAACCUCACCACCUACCUCAUAAAGACCACAGAGCUACCUAGAAGGACCAGACAUACUUCCAAACCUCGCAUUCCACUGCAACAGACGUGUGACAUCGUACCGCGGCGGCCGAGCAGCAGCAUUGAUGACGAGGUCACCACGGAUUGGACGCCCGAAAUGCCUUUUCAAAACUACUACUCGAGCAGCGCAUCGGGUGUGGUGUGCGUGCGCAGACAUCAUGAAGACAGCGACGACGAUGAAGUGCCGCAGAUGUCCGAUGCUGAGGAAGACGACAUCAUAAACAUCGAGAUCGGCGUGGGCAGCAACCGGCGCAUGCGCAUCGACCACAUGCGCUCCUGGUCCCUGUACUUCCGCGAGCCCAGACUGGAGGAGAGGUUCGGCAAACUGGACGCCAAGACCUUCAAGUCCAACGUCAUGUGCUGUCUCGUACUGUGGCUCUUCAUCGUGGCUGUGCAGAUGGUCAUACAUUACAACUGCAUGUUCCUGUCAAUGACGCUAACAGCGACCACGAUAAUCCUGGCGCUGUUGUUCGCGUUGGUGAUGGCUGAGGAGUUCCCUAGCGUCUCCCCAAGCGUGGCCCGCCUCUCAGCCAGACUCAGCGGCAGUAGGAUGAAGAGGGACAUACACAUCUGUUGUUUUGUGUCCAUCAUGUCUAUAUCCAGCACUAUAAAACUGUACAUGUGCCCGUCCUCAUUCCCGCAAGACAACAUGGUCGUGAACCAAACUUGCGCCUUGAACUUAAACAUGACGUCCGACUAUGAAGAGUACGAGAUCCUAAAGGGGGAGUGCUUUCGCCCAGAAUACGUCGUCUUCACCUGGAUCCUGUGUUUAGUUGCACUGACCUCGAUUCUGAAGUUGUACUACUUGAUAAAGACGUGCGUGGCUAUAGUGAGUGCCGUGGCGUAUGUUGUCCUCCUGCUGCAUUACUACAAUGUGUAUUAUAUUGGCUCAGAUCAUGAAAAUACACAACUCCCAUUCUACGUGCAAAUGUUGAUCCUGAUGAUGAUGUUCCUCGUAGUGGUUGUGUACCACGCGCGGCUGAUCGAGGUGACCUCGCGCCUCGACUUCCUGUGGAGGCUGCAGGCCGAGAAUGAUCUCGUGGAGAUGGAAGAUACGCAGAAGACGAAUAGACAUUUGCUGAAGCACAUACUGCCGGAUCACGUGGUCCAACAUUUUCUGAGCAAGGAGCGGUGUCCUGAUGAGCUGUACUCGCAGUGGCGUGACGAGGUGGGCGUGAUGUUCGCGGGGAUCCCGAACUUCCACGAAUUCUACUCCGAGCCCAAGGCCGUGGACUGCAUGCGGCUGCUCAACGAGAUCAUUUUUGAUUUCGACAAGCUCCUGAUGCAGCCGCGCUUCAGAAGUAUAGAGAAAAUCAAGACUAUCGGAGCCACCUACAUGGCUGCCUCGGGGCUCAACCCAAAUCAUAAGAACGGCGAAGACGAUCGCCAGCACCUGUGCGCUCUGGUGGACUACGCGUUCGCGCUACGGGAGGCGCUCGAGGACAUCAACAAACAUAGCUUUAACAAAUUUAGAUUAAGAGUUGGUAUUAGCUGCGGGCCGCUGGUGGGCGGCGUGAUCGGCGCGCGCAAGCCCGUGUACGACAUCUGGGGGAACACCGUCAACGAGGCGUCCCGUAUGGAGACCACCGGCCUCAUGGACCGGAUACAGGUCACCAAGUAUACCAAGACGUUGCUGGAGCGUUGUGGUUACGAGUUGGAAUCGCGAGGCCCUGUAGAGGUCAAAGGCAAGGGUCGCAUGGAGACAUUCUGGGUGAUUCGCGGGGCCGACGCCCGGGGUCAACGACCGGCGCACGUGGCAGCCCCGCCCAGGUCGCUGGCAGCCAUCGUGUACACCAUGCUGCAGACCAGGAAGAGGAUAUACACCCAUCCGCUGGAUUCCACCGCCAUACCUGGGCGCAGCGGCAGCGUGCGCAGCGGGCUGGCAGCACGUGCAGGGACAGCACCCAGCGGGUCCACCCGACACCGACCCGAGCUGCGGAGAGCCAAGACCAGGCACGGCCAUUCGCGCAGCGACGUGCCGGACAUGGAGCUGGGCAUGGUGCGGACGCACGCCAGCAGCAUGGUGAUGCGGCGGCCGCGCGCCGCCACCGCCGCCGCCUCGCUCUCCGCGCCGCACACGCCCACUGCGCCGCACGGGGCGCUGCCGCUGCACCCGCUGCACCCGUGCUCGCCUGAACCGCAAGCGAAGGUCGACAGGGCGCUAGAAGUGCCGCAGAAGAUGGGAAUCGGUGCCAGAUUAAAAGCAGCAAGUUUCUCCUACCGCACGCGGCCGCCAAGAGACCGGUCACCAAAGAUCAAAGACCAGAGUAACGGGGCUUCCAACGCGUCCCUCGCCAACGGAGCGCCGGGCUCCUUCCGCUUCCGGUCUGUUACCACCGCCUCAUUCCUCAGGUCGAAAAGCAAGAGGAGAGAUGAGGAGACUAAGGAAAAUGGAGACGCAUUCACCACUAGAAUGUAGAUUAUACAUGUUUUAAGUCUUAGAAUAAAUAAAGUAAUACUAACCUCUAAAAUCAUGAUCCUAUAGAUAGCCCUAUAGAUCCCUCCAUCUAGAUAAAAACAGAUGAAUUAACUUCAUGACCAUGUUAAUGAAUGAUAAUGAAAAUCUACAUAUUUUGAAUGAGAAUCAUAGCGAUAAAAUAAAAUGUGAAUGAUAAUGUGAAUGCAUUUAUUAUAAUAAACCUGUAAUAUCUAGUCAGUUUGUUGUAAACAUUUCUGGUGCCAAAGAGUUUAGAUGUGACAUUUUAUCAAUUAAUGGAUUGGCCAAAUCCUUAGUCAUAGCAAACUUUAUGAAAUGAAGUUUUUGUAGGAAAACUAUAAGUUUGUUUCAGCGCCCGAGUGCUGAUUAUUAUUUUUUACUUAUUUUCUUUUUGUUUUGGAAAAAGCUUUAUAAUAAAAUUAUUAUACAUACAUAAAUAUGUAUGUACAUAUUGUAUGUAAUAUGUAUGUACAUAUUUAUGACUUAAAUAAUAUUUUGAUGUAAUUAUAAUUUAUAAAAUUAUUGUACGAACAAUUUAAAAAAUAAUAAUAAUUUAAUUUAAUAAUUUGUUAAUUUAAUUCGAUAUAUGUUAAUAUAAGCACAAACAGCAUUUAUUAUGUAUAAGCACGGUUUAUAAGAAUCAAGUAUUUUAAGAAUAAGGGGAUGAAACAAACGCUAGAAGCAGUCUUCCGAGAGAAGAUAUCUGUACAUACCUACACUAGUAUUUUAUACCUACUUCAACACAAUGGGAAUUAGAAGUCGCACAGGUGUGGGACCAAACGGUGAGAUAGUCAUAAAUAUAAAAAUCAGCGAUGCGUGGCACUUCCAGUUCUUAUUGCGUGUGUAAAUAGUUUUAAGAGAUUUAGAUUGAAAAUUAAUAGAUAGUAAUUUAUAAAAUAUUAGAAUUCUGUGAAGUAUUCAAAUUAUACGUGUAUUAUGUGUGCAAUGCGCUUCCUUCUUCGAUGAUUCUAUAAUUAAUUUUAAGUUUGCCUGAUUUUUAAAAAAUCACGACACCGUCUAAUGCCAGCCUCUAGGAUAGACGAUAAAAAACAAUUUUAAAAUGGUUAAGUAAACAUUUCUUCUAUUAUACUUUUUUAUAUUUGUGAAUUACUUUAUUUUAUGCUUUUGUACAUAAAAUAUGAGUAUUUAUAUUAAUAGUAUACAUAUAUGGAUGCCAAAAUGAAUAGGGAUGAUAUAAAAAUCCUAGAUCUCAAUCACGUGCCGAUCUUAUUUGGUUGUCGGCAUAAAUAAAUAUUUUCUCCGAACUACAAGUAUGUAGAUAGUCAAGAUAAAUUUAUUUUGUUAUAUUAUAUAUUUAUGUAAUAAUUACGUGAUUUUAUGGACUACAGUCGUCGAUAUUGUACAUGAUUUUAUUGACGUUAUAUUAAAUAAGAGAUCUGAAUGUUACCAAAUCCUAAAUCAUAGAAAUACAGACGUUAAAGUAUUCACUUAUUUUAUUGUACAUCCUUAAUCUUCAGACCAAAAUACAGUUAGAGUAAACUUAACUGUAAGAUAUU